GGAGCUGACGUCACAGCUCGGAAUCAAACAGGAAACUGUUGCAGAAAACGCAGUCAGCUGACAGUAGAGGCGAUAUCAGCAGCUGUGCGAGGAAAGAGACAAGAGAAUGGCGUACCCCCACUCCCGCAAUCCGUUCGCGGAUGAUGACGAUGAGGAGGAGACGGCGGGCUCCAGGUCAAGAGGAGGAGGGGGCUUCAACUUCGACGACGAGCCUCCCGAGAGCAACAUGACGGAGGCCGAGCGCCGUCAGCGCUACCUCCAGCAGGAGGUGAUGAGGACGGCACAGUCGGCCGUGGACAGCAGCCACCGAUCGCUGGGGCUCCUCUACGAAGCGGAGAAAGUCGGCACGGACACUGCAGAGGAGCUGAUGCGUCAAGGUGAGGCACUGAAGCGUACAGAGCGCAUGGUGGACGGCAUGGAGCAGGACCUGCGGACCAGCCAGCGCCACAUCAACAGCAUCAAGAGCGUCUGGGGCGGCCUGGUCAACUACUUCAAGGCCAAGCCCGAGCCUGCCAAGCCCCCGCCCACCAAGGACCAGCCCACGGGCUACCAGGCCAACAGCAAGUUACAGAACGCUCUGUCAGAGAGCAAACAGCAAGAGGACAAGUAUGAGGCCAGCCAUCCCAACUUACGAAAACUGGACACGUCUGGAUUUGGAGCGUCAGCCUCCUCGGAUCCUGAACCUCCUUCAUCCAGUCAGAACGGCUAUCCCUCCCAGAACAGGCACCUGAAAGCUGCCCAUCAGAAACUGGACAACAACCUAGACGAGAUGUCUCUGGGCCUGAGUCGGCUGAAGAACCUGGGCCUGGGCCUGCAGAACGAGAUUGAGGACCAGGACGUGGCUCUGGACUCGCUGCUCAACAAGGUGGACAGCAUGGACGGACGCAUCGGCUCCACCAACCGACAACUGAAAAAACUAUAAACACACUCACACACACACUGACACACACACUACCAGUCAAUAUCCACCAACCGACAACUCAAAAAACUAUAGACACACUCUCACACACACUCUCUCACACACACACACACACACACACACACACACACACACACACACACACGCGCGCGCG